CCUAAAUGACACAAAAUGACAAGGUAUUGGCGGGAAACUAGCACGCUCCAACUCUCAAAAAAGGGGAAAUAGGCAAAUCUCCUAAAUCCCGCGCCCUUCCCAAAUCUCUAUCCCGCUCCUCUCUCUCUCUCCCUCUCUCCAUCUCCAGCUCCGCCGCCGUUACCGGAGCCCCAAAGCUUCCGGUUAAGUGCUAUUUCCCUCCUACAAACUCGCUAUGCGGACCCAAUCACCCGUCUCCGGACACGAACUCGCCGUACGGGAGACGCUCUCCGUCGUCGCCAACACCGCCGCCGCGGGGUCCGAUUCACAGAAGGCAUGGUACCUUCUAUAUCUAGUAUUUUCAAUCGGCCGACCGGCGACGCUUCUCGAGGUAGCAUCUCGCUGCGCUCCAUUCCGAGCGACGCCGGAUUCAGUCCGCAGUCUUUGCUCGCUCCUGGACUCGCCUAUCGCGUUAACCUGCAGUGGCCGAAAUGGCGCGUGCGUGACCGCUUCUAUGCUCGGUCAGGAGGCAAUUAGAAGGUUAUUGUCUAAUUCCGAGUCGAUUCACCGGUUUCUGAUUCGGAUUGGUGUGGGAUUGGGCGUUGAUUUAGUCGGAGGAGCGCCGCCGCUUCAGGAUUCAGUGAGGAUGUACUUCAGUAAAAGGAAGCGCAUCGGAUUCGUCCCUCAAGGAGAAGUGGAGAAUGAAGAUCCAAAUGUUUCUCGUCCUGUCAAAAGAAUUCGUACUACUGGAUUAAAGGUUCCUUUCUCUCUGUCGAAAUUGAUGGAACUUCGCGUAAGUAAUUUGACUCAGUUUCCAGAAUGCUUUCCAAAAACCGUAGUCAGUAGGUUAGAUUAUAGACUGAAGGACAAUAGACAGAUAGAAGAUGAGUAUGAUCCACCUGCAAUAUCGGAAGGAGACGAGGGGAAAACAGUUUCUAUUGCUGAGGUUUCCGAGGAGCUUGGUAAUCAAGCUGUGAAAAGUGACGAUCUCAUGGAAGUCAUGCUAAGUACUAUGGCACUGAUUCCGGAAUGGUCUCCAGAAAUUGUUCUCGGUAGAUUAGAUUGUAGACUGCAGGAUGUCAAGCAGAUAGAAGAUGAGCAUGUUUCAACUGCGAUAAUGGAAAGAGAGAAGCAGAAACCAGUCAGUUCUGAUGGGCAUAUGGACAUAAUGGUAAAUGAUAGAGUUCAUGUUCCAGAAUGCUUGCUGAAAACAGUUGACAGCAGUUCAGACUCUAGAUCGAAGGAUGCCAUGCAGCUAGAAGAUGAGCCUAUUCCAACUGCAAUAGUGGAAGGUAAGGUGCAGAAAGCAGUUGCUUCAGCUAGGAAAGUUGAUAAUCAUGAAUCAGAUCGUGAUGUUAUAGUAAAUGAGAAGGUAGAACACUGCAUAAGAAGCAAUGUAGAAGCUGGAACUUGCAAUAGAGAAGUCCAGGAUAGUACUAUGAUUCCAGUGGAGCGUGAUAUGAUUGUUAACGACUCCUUUGAUUCCAGUAAUCAGAUCGGCGAUGAAGGUUUAAAGAUCAUACAUGAUAGAGAAAUUGAGUUCGGUGGAACUCAAACAGAAGCUGGAACAAGCAGUGUGGCACUAAAAACUGGCCUUUGUGGCAUGCCAACUGCAAAUGGAUGUGAAGAAACGAAAAUCGAGGCAACUUCAAUAAAAGAACUAGUUACCAUUGUUGGUAGCAUUCAAACAGAAGCUAGACCUAGCAUUGCAACACUUAAAACUGGCCUCUGUGGCAUGCCAAUCGAAGAUGGCUGUGAAGAAAAAAAGAUGCAGGAAUGUUCGAAAAAAGAGCUAGUUACUACUGAUGCAAACAAAGAGGAUUGCUUUAAGACACUUGAUUUAUCUGUUACCGAGAAACAUUUGCAGAAGUCCUCUGCCAAGACUAGGUUUGCAAAGGGAAAUAGAAUGUCUUCAAGGCAUCUAGCUCUCCGCAAGUCCAUUGAUAAAGUCAAACCCGAAAGCCCGGUCAAAAGGCAGCAGGGAAAUGAGCACCACAUAAGACAUUCCAUUCCCCCAACUUCAAAGCGAAAACAUGACGAUGUGCAAGCAGGAGAAGGAAGGAAAGAUGCUGCUGCUGCUGCCACUUCCAAUGAUCAAGUCAAACCGAAAGGCCUACCUACCUUUGAAUCCUACAUUGUUGACGAGGAGGAAGGUUCAGGUGGCUAUGGUACUGUAUAUAGGGCAAGGAGGAAAGGCAAUGGAGGGACUGUUGCCAUAAAAUUCCCUCAUGCAAAUGCACAUAAACAGCAUGUUACCAAUGAACAAAGGAUGCUGGAGAGGUUUGGGGGUAGAAACUAUAUCAUAAGAUAUGAAGGCCAUUUCAAGAGUGAAAAUUCCGACUGUUUUGUUCUGGAGCACGUUGAGCAUGAUAGACCUGAGGUAUUGAAGAAGGAAAUUGAUCUGGUUCAGAUCAGGUGGUAUGCAUAUUGCCUAUUCAGAGCACUUUCCAGUCUUCAUAAGCAGGGGAUUGUUCAUAGAGAUGUCAAACCUGGCAACUUUCUUUUCUCUCGCAAGGCUAAUAAGGGUUAUCUCAUUGAUUUCAACCUUGCCUUGGAUCUGCACCAGAAGUGUGGAGCAAAUACCAAAUUCAGGACCGGGAAUGACAAAAGUUUCAGCGAUGCAAUGCUAAACAAGUCAGAACCUUUUCAACCUGUCAAAGCUGGGAGGGCUCAGAAUCUGAAGUCUUUGGAUGUAAGUCGUGAAGAAUCUAAAGGCUCAAAGACCUGGAAAAAGAAGGCUGGUAACGCUUUGAAAGCUCAGAAUGACAUGCGUGGAUGGAAUCUCACACAAAGUCAGGGAGCAGAAGGCUCAGGGGUAACCUCCGUUAAAGACUUGACCAGUAAUAGGACUCCUUCAGCCGAAAGGCUAAGAGAGCCUUUACCAAGCCAUGGCAGGAAGGCGCUCCUGAGUUUGUUGCAUGAAACAAUGAACUCCCCGAAUCACGAAGCAUCCAGCGCUCCAUCUUCUAUGAGGAAGAGGGUUGCAGCUCCUCCUUCGAAGGUUGAUGGAAGGCUUCUUUAUGUCUCUCCAAUGCCUUUGCAACCUUCUGGGAUGGCUGUCACACUUAAUGGAUUGACCAAGGGCAAAGACGGGAAGUUGAAGAAAGAAGGUCCUUGUGUGGGAACAAAAGGCUUCCGUGCACCAGAGGUGUUGUUGAGAUCACAGUAUCAAGGUCCCAAGGUUGAUUCUUGGUCAGCUGGGGUAACCUUACUGUAUCUAAUGAUUGGAAGAACGCCUUUCUAUGGUGAACCUGAACAGAACAUAAAAGAGAUAGCAAAGUUGAGGGGUAGUGAAGAUCUCUGGGAAGUUGCGAAGUUACAUGACCGUGAAUCCUCGUUUCCACCGGAACUGUACAACGCUCAAUCCCUACAAUCUCUACCACUCCGGGAAUGGUGCAAGAUUAAUACAAAACGGCGUGGCUUCCUUGAUCAGAUGCCUUCAUCACUGGUCGACCUCGUUGACAAGUGUUUAACCGUAAACCCGAGGUCCAGAAUCAGCUGUGAGGAUGCUUUGAAGCAUGAGUUUUUUGCUCCACUGCAUGAGAUAAUCAAGAAGCACAAGCUUGCUCGUGAGGGCGAUUCGACUGCAUCAGCUGGACCGGGCACCACCAGGGUUCCCUUGCACAAACGAAACUCGGUUGAGCCCUUGGCCAAUCUCAUUUGACCAUGGAUCCUCAAUGGUUGAAUCGUGUGUUGGUUAUUAUUAGGUUAGCCAGCUCCCUAAAUAUCGUUGUGAUGCUUCUAAUUGACUGAAAUGUUGUGUAAAAAUACCUUCACUAACAUGUAAGCCUUCUUAGUUUUUGAACUUUUGAUCUGGUCUUUGUCAAAAAAGGGACGAAGCUCCAUUUGUAACAUUGUGGUUGUAAUUGUAGUUGUAGCCCGGUUGGGAAACUAGCAGUUAAUUAAUGUUGUAAAUUUAGUUGCUCUCUCUCUUUCAUCUCUUCAGAUCGGAUUAAGCAGUGGCAAAUGUCUAAAACUUUAUCCAUCCUGAUCAACUGGCUGAAAUGACUCAAUUGGUCUUGAUUUCAUUACUGAAAUCUGUUUGAGCCAGCUUGUUUUCAAUAAAGAAUUUGAACAGACUAGCUCUAAUCCCUCUGAUAUUGAAUAUAGGAUCAAGGAUAUAAUAGAAUCAGUCCAUCCUAACAAAAAAUGAGAUUAUCUCGCCCUCCAAAUCUUACAUGGCUCUGAGCAUGCGAUCUAGUCCGGUUUUCAGGUUACCUGCAACAGGAAAACCGCCUACAUUGCCAAGAAAACACGGCUCCCUGUUGGAGCUGUGUGUUACACAGAUUCAAACACAACAGCUGUUCGCUAACUAACUUGUGGGGAGGGCACUUUAUUUUGCUCUCUUUUGGUCGGAUACUCGGGCUCCAGCAAUCUUCACAACUGGCUGUUCUUCCUGCGGUACGGGCUUCAAUGCAGGAUGAACUUUGAGAUCACCCACCAGCAAUUUUUCGCCAACAUCCAAUUCGCUUAGGUCUACUUCGAUAUACGGAGGGAUGAUAUCUGCUGGGCAGAGGAACUUCACUGUCCUCUUAAUCACAUUCAAGUACGAACCUGUUUGAGUUUGUUUCAGAAAAACAUUGACCAUCAGUACAUAGGACAUGAAUAGAGAUCUCGUACAGAAAUGCUGAAAUGGAGUCAAAUUAAUGAGUUUCGGUGUCACAACGCACGAACUACUUGUGGGGUUUUCCUGCCAGAAGCAACUUAUAAUAUGACUGGUUUGUCAAAGUAAUGGCAUGUACCACUUCUAAAUACUAGCUGUUUCUGAAGUACAUGAUAACCAUAUAAACGUAGCACUGAGGACAGAUACAAGAGAAUUUCAUGUUCGAUAUCCAUGACUCUAGCGCAUAGAACGGAAUGAAAGAAAAAGAAAAAAAAAACAAUACGCAUCUUGUUCUUUGCAGUGUAACAUAAAAGUGAGAACAAAAAAUUAUCCUAACAGCCGGAAUAGCAGGAUGCUUUCCAUAAUAGAAACAGCAUUUCACCAUCCCAUUACACUAGACAAUGACAUUCCCCUCUGACCUUUCUAGACUCUUAACUUGUAUGACAAUAUAAGACUCUUUUUUCUAGCACAGCUUUGUCACAUAGGAAAUAAACAUUAAUGCAGAUU